AUUAGAGCAUCCUGAGUGUUCAGGCAAGGGGGAUGGAAGCAUCAGAUCAGCCCAGUCUACCUCCCUGAGUCACUGGGUGUGGUGGAUGUUGUGGAUCAGAAGAAAAAUCAGCUCUCAUGACUACUCUACACACCCUGGCCGUAUCGCCACGCUGGGUUUUGUGAAUGAAGGAUGGAACUCAAAAUGGAUUUACUGGUGACUGUGCAUGGUGGAUGGUACAGGAGUAUGUGGCUUCUGUGGAUGCUGCUAGCCCCUCUGUUCACCUGCACCUCAGCUAUUCUUAUGGACUUGGUGGAGAGUCACAGCACGUUUACCUGUGAGCCCAUAGGACUGCGCAUGUGUCAGGAUCUCCCCUACAACACCACCUUCAUGCCCAACCUACUUAACCACUAUGACCAACAGACAGCCGCUCUUGCUAUGGAACUCUUCCACCCCAUGGUGAAUCUACAGUGCUCCUCAGACCUCAGGUCUUUUCUGUGUGCGCUUUAUGCCCCUGUGUGCACCGAGUAUGGCCGAAUGUCUCUGCCAUGCCGUAAGCUGUGUCUCCAAUCCAAGAAAGACUGUCAGACGCUCAUGGAUAUGUUUGGUGUGUCAUGGCCUGAUGAGAUGGAGUGCAGCAGGUUUCCAGAUUGUGAUCAGCCAUACCCUCGUGCUGUGGACCUGCUGACCACUACAAAUGCUACAGAUGAAUCACCCAUGACAGUGCAGAGAGACUAUGGUUUCUGGUGCCCUCGAGAGCUUAAAAUUGAACCUGAACUGGGCUAUACAUUCCUGGAUGUGCGGGACUGCUCCCCACCCUGCCCCAACAUGUACUUCAGACGAGAAGAGCUCACCUUUGUUCGCUACUUCAUCGGGGUCAUCUCUAUCAUCUGCCUCUCCGCUACACUCUUCACCUUUCUCACGUUCCUUAUUGACAUGACACGUUUCCGCUACCCAGAACGACCCAUUAUCUUCUAUGCGGUGUGCUACAUGAUGGUGUCACUGGUUUUCUUUCUGGGGUUUUUGCUGGAGGAGCAUGUGGCAUGUAAUGCAGCCAGUCCAGCCCAAUAUAAAGCCUCCACUGUGACUCAAGGCUCACAUAAUAAAGCCUGCACACUGCUUUUCAUGGUGCUCUACUUCUUCACUAUGGCAGGCAGCGUGUGGUGGGUCAUCCUCACCAUCACCUGGUUCCUGGCGGCUGUACCAAAGUGGGGCAGUGAGGCCAUAGAAAAGAAAGCCCUGCUGUUCCAUGCCGGUGCCUGGGGCAUACCGGGUGUGAUGACUGUGGCUCUUCUGGCCAUGAAUAAGAUUGAGGGGGAUAACAUCAGUGGUGUCUGUUUCGUGGGGUUAUACGAUGUGCACACAUUGCGCUGGUUUGUGUUGGCUCCACUAUGUUUGGAUGUGCUGGUUGGUGUUACUCUGCUUCUUGCGGGGAUUGUGGCUCUAAACAGAAUCCGAAUGGAGAUACCUUUGGAGAAGGAGAACCAGGACAAGUUGGUGAAGUUCAUGAUCCGUAUUGGAGUAUUUUCUGUUCUUUACCUGGUGCCACUUCUGACGAUGCUGGGAUGCUACCUGUAUGAGCAGGCCUACCGCUCAGUCUGGGAGACCACCUGGAUACAGGAUCGCUGCAAAGAGUAUCACAUUCCCUGUCCAUACCAGGUGGAGCAGACCAGUAGGCCUGAACUGGUUCUUUUCCUGAUUAAGUACCUGAUGGAGCUGGUUGUUGGCAUCCCAUCAGUAUUCUGGGUAGGCAGUAAGAAGACCUGCUUCGAGUGGGCCAGCUUUCUCCAGGGCCGCAAACGCAAAGACAGUGCGGUAAACGACAGUCGCCAGGUUCUCCAGGAGCCCGACUUUGCACAGGCUUUGCUGCGUGAUCCCAACACGCCCAUCAUCCGCAAAUCUCGCGGCACCUCCACGCAGGGCACCUCCACCCAUGCCUCCUCCACUCACUUAGCCAUGCUGGACGAUGUACGCAGCAAAGCAGGCAGCGUUCACAGCAAGAUGAGCAGCUACCAUGGCAGCUUGCACCGCUCACGAGAUGGCCGGCACACUCCCACCAGUCACAGAGGCAUAGAAGAACACCCAGCAUUCGGAAGCAUGCCACGCCUCAACGAGCAGCUAUCCCGUCACAGCAGCCUUCAUCAGAUCGACACUCAAUCACGUCACAGUAGUGUGCGGGACUUAAGCCGCGCUCCACCCACCAACAUAACGCACGGCUCUAGCAUGAACCGUGUAGUGGAGGAGGAUGGAAGGAGCGUGUGAUCGAGAAAGCUUAGCUUACACGCGAUGGCUUGUACUGUACCUACUACUUACAAAGCAGAAAGUUCCUGUACUGCUAAAACAGAAAAACGGUGCUAAAGAGUCAUCUCCUACAUUCUCAUAUUGCAGUACUUUUUAAGAACAGAGAGAAACACAGGAGAUCUGUGAAGACAGACAGGAGAUCUGUGAAGACAGACAGAAGAUCUGACAGUACACUUGUGAAAGCUGGUUCUCUUGAUACUGUGAAUAAAGGGUGAAAGACUUUCAAGUGAGCAAAUGUACAGUAGUACUCUGCCCCCUGCUGGCAGACUGUAGGAAUGUGGCAAAGACGGACCAAAAUCCAUACAUUUAGAAGUGCAGUGUCUUAAGUGCUGAUGAUGAAGUAUCUGUAGGGGGUCCUGAAAGUAACAAAAGAUUCUGGUAGGUGAAAGAGGAUUGUUAUUUAGGGGUUCUUACAAUACUCAAAGCCAAGAAUAUAAAGUAAUGCAAGUGAAGGGAACUAAACAAGUGACCUUAACAAGCGAAUGCUUGUAUUAUUUGAUGAGUACAUAAAAAAUGUUAUUAAGCAUUGGAGGGCUUUAAUCUUACACUCGCUUUUUCAACAUGUACACUUCAUGUCCCUCAACUGCUUUAUCAUGGUCAGGGUCACAGUGGGUCAGUUUCAACUGGGAAGCACUGGGUGCAACACAGGAAUACUCUGGACACUGUGGCAGUCCAUCGCAAGGCUUCGGCCACCCACCCCACCCCCAACCUUGUCUGUAUAGAUGCUCGGCCGGCUGAUAGCACUGGGUGCAAAUCUCAGUGUUGGUGGGUUAGUGUAAUAGAACUCAAAAAUCACCAAAAAAGUUCACUACAGGAUUUUUUUCAAACCUGGAACCAGUUUUGUUGUUUAGACAGAAAUAUUUCAGAAGAACUCCUGCACCCAGCAGUUUAAGUAAAUUUAGUGAUAACAAUAACUCACACUUUGUUGUUGCACGUGAACCCAUAUACUCACUCAUGCAUACAUAAUACAGCCCUACAGUCCCUGCUGCAGCUACCUCAACAGUGACCUGCUUAUGCCAUUUCCUACAUACGACUGCCUAAAACUACUGCAUGUCAUGCACAUACAGUUCAUUUCUUUUUUUUAAGCCCACUUCACAUUUUAAAACGCUAAAAUAACUGACUGUUUUGCAUGGGGCAGUGUAGUUUUAAACGAGACAGUUCAUUUGCAGCACUCGAUAUGUAAACACCUAGGAAACUGUUUUUUGCUUGAUAUUUUGGUUGAUCACUUUAUUAUGCAACAUGUGCUUCUACUGUAAGCUUGUAUUUGUGCAACACAGUAAAACAUCUUUUCUUUAAGAUAAUUUUAUCUGGAACAAGAAUACGUAAAACGAAUCUAAAGUUAUUUAUAAAUGUUUGGUUUGAAUUAUUUUUUUAUUUCUUAGCUGCAACAAGUUGUGCUAAUCCAGAUGUUGGGGUUAAUAUCCCAAAUGCUUUUGUUUACGUUUAAAAAAAGAGAUUUAUUAUUGUGGUUUUCAGUGCCUAAAAUGUGACUGUGGACCUAAGCUAUAAAACAUGGCCACGUUUGAUUACUGCUUUUCCAGUUUACUUGCCUUGAAUGUGUAAAUUAUGCCUAAUCUUAAUGGUAAUGCUUCUGUUUUAUGUUUAUAGAGAGAAUUUUAGCACUUUAAUUGUUGCUAGCUGUGAUGUUGAAUGUAUAUAGUAAAUCCUUUUAGUUUUAUGGUCUUGCAAGUUUUUAUUAUUUUUUUUAAAAUAAAAGUUU